GACACGAAAUACGCGUGACAACCGGUGCCCUCUAUCGUGCACGAACGUUCGUCCCUUUCACGAAACUCGUGUUCUUUCUUAGGGAGUCCGCCAUUGUUGGUGCACGUAUAUUUCUGACCAGGCCAACGGAAAUCGGACAACAUCCAAAAUGGUGAACUUCACAGUAGACGAGAUACGUGCCAUGAUGGACAAAAAGAAAAACAUCAGAAAUAUGUCCGUCAUUGCACACGUCGAUCAUGGAAAGUCAACUUUGACAGACUCCCUUGUAUCUAAAGCCGGUAUUAUCGCUGGUGCCAAAGCUGGUGAGACCCGUUUUACAGAUACUCGUAAGGAUGAACAGGAACGUUGUAUUACAAUUAAAUCCACUGCUAUUUCUAUGUUCUUUGCCCUCGACGAAAAAGAUCUAGUUUUUAUCCAAAAUCCUGAUCAGCGCGACAAGGAUGAAAAGGGCUUUUUAAUCAAUCUCAUCGAUUCACCUGGCCACGUCGAUUUUUCUAGCGAAGUAACGGCUGCUCUUCGCGUAACCGAUGGAGCUCUUGUGGUCGUCGAUUGUGUAUCUGGUGUUUGUGUACAAACUGAAACUGUACUUCGUCAAGCCAUUGCUGAACGUAUCAAACCUGUAUUGUUCAUGAACAAAAUGGACAGAGCACUGUUGGAACUUCAGCUUGAUAGCGAAGAUCUCUAUCAAACUUUCCAACGUAUCGUUGAAAACGUUAACGUUAUUAUUGCUACAUAUUCGGAUGAUGAUACCGGUCCCAUGGGUGAAGUUAGAGUAGAUCCUAGCAAAGGAUCCGUCGGUUUUGGUUCUGGUCUUCACGGUUGGGCGUUUACGUUAAAACAAUUUGCUGAAAUGUAUGCUGAGAAAUUCAACAUUGAUAUCGUGAAACUUAUGAAUAGAUUAUGGGGAGAGUCAUUCGUCAACACCAAAACCAAGAAGUGGAGCAAACAGAAGGAAACUGAUAACAAGCGAUCUUUCUGCAUGUACGUUUUAGAUCCAAUUUAUAAGGUAUUCGAUUGUAUUAUGAAUUACAAAAAAGAAGAAGCAGACAACCUGUUACAGAAAUUAGGAAUUGUUUUGAAACCAGAGGACAAAGAUAAAGAUGGUAAAGCACUGCUUAAGGUUGUCAUGAGAACAUGGUUACCUGCUGGAGAAGCUUUACUUCAGAUGAUUGCCAUCCAUUUACCAUCCCCUGUAACUGCUCAAAAAUAUCGUAUGGAAAUGUUAUACGAAGGUCCACACGAUGACGAAGCUGCUAUUGGUAUUAAGAACUGUGAUCCAAAUGGACCACUCAUGAUGUAUGUUUCAAAAAUGGUACCAACUUCCGAUAAAGGUCGUUUCUACGCCUUUGGCCGUGUAUUCUCUGGAAAAGUGUGCACCGGCAUGAAAGCACGUAUCAUGGGUCCUAACUUCCAACCAGGCAAAAAGGAAGAUCUUUACGAGAAAGCUAUUCAGCGUACAAUUUUGAUGAUGGGUCGUUAUGUCGAGGCGAUCGAAGAUGUGCCUUCUGGUAAUAUUUGCGGACUUGUUGGUGUUGAUCAAUUCUUAGUAAAGACUGGUACAAUUACCACGUUUAAAGAUGCGCAUAACAUGAAAGUUAUGAAGUUCUCAGUCUCCCCUGUAGUGCGUGUCGCUGUCGAACCUAAACAUCCAGCAGAUUUGCCAAAAUUGGUCGAAGGUCUUAAACGUUUGGCAAAAUCUGAUCCUAUGGUACAAUGUAUCAUCGAAGAAUCUGGAGAACAUAUUAUUGCUGGUGCUGGUGAACUUCAUCUCGAAAUUUGUUUGAAAGAUUUGGAAGAAGAUCAUGCUUGCGUACCCAUUAAGAAAUCUGAUCCCGUUGUUUCUUACAGAGAAACGAUUUCGGAACAAUCGAAUCAAAUGUGUCUUUCUAAAUCACCCAAUAAGCAUAAUCGUUUGUUCAUGAUGGCAUGUCCCAUGCCCGAGGGUCUCGCUGAAGAUAUUGACAAUGGCGAAGUUAAUCCAAGGGACGACUUCAAAGUACGUGCUCGUUAUUUAAGUGAAAAGUACGAUUACGAUGUAACCGAAGCCAGGAAGAUCUGGUGCUUCGGCCCUGAUGGAACAGGACCCAAUAUUCUUGUAGAUUGUUCGAAAGGAGUACAAUAUCUUAACGAAAUUAAAGAUUCUGUUAUAGCUGGAUUCCAAUGGGCCACGAAAGAGGGUGUUCUUUCGGAAGAAAAUUUGAGAGAAGUACGUUUUAACAUUCACGAUGUGACGUUACAUGCUGACGCUAUUCAUAGAGGUGGUGGUCAGAUUAUACCUACCACAAGACGUUGCCUUUAUGCUUGUCUCCUAACUGCGUCUCCCCGGCUAAUGGAACCAGUUUAUUUGUGUGAAAUUCAGUGUCCUGAAAUAGCGGUCGGUGGUAUCUACGGAGUCCUUAACCGUAGAAGAGGUCACGUAUUCGAAGAACAGCAAGUUGCUGGCACGCCUAUGUUCGUUGUUAAAGCAUUUCUUCCAGUAAACGAGUCCUUCGGUUUUACUGCCGAUUUGCGUUCCAAUACCGGAGGACAAGCUUUCCCACAGUGCGUAUUCGACCAUUGGCAGAUUUUACCUGGCGACCCAAUGGAACCUGCCUCUAGACCUUACACAGUUGUGCAGGAAACACGUAAGAGGAAGGGACUGAAAGAAGGUCUCCCAGAUUUGAACGCAUACCUUGACAAAUUGUAACCUAGAUUCGCGCGCACCAUAUUUAAAUACCUAUUUAAAUAUUGUAAUUCAAUUAAUAUCGCUCGAGCCGUAUACAGCCACAUCGGUUUAUUAUGAACUUUGUUUUGCGCAAUGAACCGCGAGAAAUAUACGAUUAUAAAUAUGAAAAAAGAUAAUAAAUUGUAAUUAUAACGGAAACUAUGUAUGCCAGCGCAAGGGAGGAAUAUUUUGUACAUUUAUUUAACUAAACAUGCCACCGAAUUAACGAGAUCUAGUGGCUUUACGUUUUUAGCAUAUCACCAUCAGAUAAAGACUCGAUUGUUGUUUUCAAUGUGGCAACAUGUUGCCCAUUUCGUAUGAUAUAUAAAGAAGAAAAAGGAAUUGUGAUUUUUUACAUUGCUUUUGUUCAUCAAGAUUAGUCUCUUUUUGUUCAUAUUCUCAACUCAAAUAAUUGGACGAAUUCCGAAGUUACUAAUAACAAAAAAGAAUCACAGCAAUGUAAUCGUACCGAAAGAAAAUAUGUCUGGAAAUUAAAGAUGAAAUUAAGAAA